AUGGGCCCCUUUGUGGAGAUGGAAGAGGAGAGGAGAGCAGCGUGGCUGUGGAGCUCCCGCGGCCCGGGGGCUCCGGGGGCAGCGGCCCGGGGCUCCUGAAAGGCGGCGGGUGCCGGCGGGGGGGCCGGGAUGGAGCCGAUGGUGCUGCUCAAUGCCCUGGUCACCCGCCUGCUCUUUGUGCUGCACUCGCUCAUCGGCGUCUGGAGAGUGACGGCCGUGAAGAAAGAACCCAAGUACUGGCUGCUGGCACUGCUCAAUCUUCUUCUGUGCCUGGAGACGGGGCUCACCCUCAAGUUUAAGCAAGGCCGAGGCUACAAAUGGUUUUCACCAGCAAUAUUUUUAUAUCUGAUUUGCACAGUACCAUCACUAUGGCUACUAGAAAUUCAUCAUGGGACUCAGUACUGCAGUAAUAAGCCUGGAGCUGUUGAGGUGAAUUUCAGCAACCAAGACUUUAAUCAAUCCAGAGACAGCAGUCAUGGAAUUGAGGGAACAGAUCACCACAUCAUUCAGACGGCUAAAGUCUUUGUGAACCAGCUCUCCACAAUCUGUGAGACCGUAUGGACACUCGCCCUCCACCAGACUUUUCUGCUGCUCCUAGUAGUUGGGAGAUGGCUUCUCCCCAUCGGGGUUGAAAUCACCCGGGAUCAAUUGUCUCAGCUGCUUCUCAUGUUUGUGGGAACAGCAGCAGAUAUACUUGAAUUUGCCAGUGAAACCUUGUACAUCGAUGAUGUUCGGAAGAAUUACGCUCUCAUAAAUGCAAUUCUUGCCGUAUGGACCUGGAGUAUGUUACAGUUUCCACUUGAUCUUGCAGUACAGCAUAUUGGCUGCAAACCAGCCGCAUCAAGCAGGCGGAUCCCCAGCCUCCUGCUUUGCAGGUACAGCGCGGAACUGUGGAACAUCGGGGUCAGCCUUUUCAUACAGGAUGGUCCCUUCUUCAUCGUGCGGUCAAUCCUGAUGGGCCACUUCAGGAUAUUCAAUCAGAUGCUGGUGUUUUUUACAGCUAAGAAUAUCUUAGUUGUGACUCUACAAUUGUACCGUUUGGCAGUGAUAACACUAGACUUCCGUGCUACCACCCUGCAGAAGAGCAGGAAAGGAGGAGUCAGCUGUUGCCCGUGUGAGCCUUACGAAGCUCGUACUCAUGCUACCGCUGACCACGAUACCGAAAUGAGUGAGUUUGUUGCUUUUCCCCCAAAAGAGGAAGCCCAAGCUCCAUCAGAAGAUCAGGGAGCACAGAUCUCAGUACACAGACAAAAGCUGGUGAACACUAAACUUCCUACUGCUGCCUGUGAAAGUCUUCACAAAAAGCACACAAGAACUCAGGCCAAUAGAAGAUUAAGAAGAGCCAAGCCUAUUUCUUCCUGUUAAGGACAGAAAGUAUCUACAGCUGCCAAGAAGUUUCCUCCAUUUGUUUGUAGCCUACCACAGAGAUAAGGAUGUUUUCCCCGAGUAGUGUUGCUGUACCGUUCCGACUUUUUGAAACAGCAGCAUCAUUUUUUGUAGCCCUUAUGAAUUAAUACCUCCUUCAAACAAUCUUAAAGCCAUACAAAGUUUGAAAUGAGGCUGUCAGACUGUAGGUAAGGGAAAGGGAGUUGAAGGGUGGUAUAAUGGAAGUGUGAUGCCCUAAGCCAGCGUUUUUAAUUCUGGGAGGUGGGAAAGGCCUCCAAACAGGCUUGCAUGGAUAUAAUCUAUAAUAGCAGCUUGGAUGAUCUGAACUCAAAAUUGCUCUAAAAAUCUUGUCUCCUGUAUAUCUAACUAAUAGUACCCUGAAAUAGUCAUACAGAACAGAUAUAAUCACA